UCCUUUAUCGUCCUUUCCCCCCACUCAUUCAUGUUCAACUCCCACUACUUCUCUCUUCAUCCUCUAAUUUCUCACUCCCCCAUUUUCAUCUAUAAAAUAACAACCAGAAAACAAACAAGGAAACCCCACAACUCACAAAGCCACACCUUUCUUUCAUUAAAUUCAGCUGUGCUUGCUUAGUACUGUUUUUCUUGGGGCACAUGCAGAUUAUUGCUAUGUCUUUGGCCAUGUAAUCUUUGACACCCCACAUAUAAUUUUGUUAAAGAAAAAAAAGAUUAUAUUUUUCUUUCUGCUCUUGUUUGCCUCUUCAUACCUUUGGAUUUUGAGCUACAAAGUUAGAAGAUAGUACUGUUAUUAACUAGCUAAGACCAGAUGGCACUUAAUAUUCUAUCUCCAGCUGAAAUCAAGGCCAUCUCUUUCUUGGAUUCUACUAAAUCCAAUCGCCUACCUAAGCUUCAAGGUGGGCUUAGUUUGAAGAGGAAGGAUUGUGGGGGGAGAAGAAUUCAGUGUUCAGUUCAGAAUCAGAAUCAGCCACCUCCAGCUUGGCCAGGAAGAGCCUGUCCAGAACCUGGACGCAAGACAUGGGAUGGUCCUAAGCCUAUAUCAAUUGUUGGAUCUACUGGUUCCAUCGGAACGCAGACUUUGGACAUUGUAGCGGAGAAUCCAGAUAAAUUCAAAGUUGUGGCACUCGCAGCUGGGUCAAAUGUUACUCUUCUUGCAGAUCAGGUGAGGACAUUCAAACCUCAACUGAUUGCUGUUAGAAACGAGUCAUUAGUUGAUGAAAUCAAAGAGGCCCUGGCUGAUGUUGAGGAAAAGCCCGAGAUUAUUCCUGGGGAGCAAGGAGUUGUAGAGGUUGCUCGUCAUCCAGAUGCUGUCAGUGUAGUUACAGGAAUAGUAGGUUGCGCAGGUCUAAAGCCUACGGUUGCUGCAAUAGAAGCUGGAAAAGACAUAUGCUUGGCCAAUAAAGAGACAUUAAUUGCUGGGGGUCCUUUUGUUCUCCCUCUUGCUCACAAAUAUAACGUGAAAAUUCUUCCAGCUGAUUCUGAACAUUCUGCCAUUUUUCAGUGUAUUCAAGGCCUGCCGGAGGGUGCAUUGCGGCGCAUCAUUUUAACUGCUUCUGGUGGGGCUUUCAGGGAUUGGCCUGUUGAGAAAUUGAAAGAAGUUAAAGUAGCUGAUGCUUUGAAGCAUCCCAACUGGAAUAUGGGUAAAAAGAUUACUGUAGACUCUGCUACCCUUUUCAACAAGGGUUUAGAAGUCAUUGAAGCCCACUAUUUGUUCGGAGCUGAUUAUGAUAAUAUUGAUAUCGUAAUUCAUCCACAGUCUAUAAUACAUUCAAUGAUUGAAACACAGGACUCAUCUGUUCUCGCACAGUUGGGGUGGCCUGAUAUGCGCUUGCCUAUCCUUUACACAAUGUCAUGGCCAGACAGAGUUUACUGUUCUGAAAUUACUUGGCCUCGCCUAGAUCUUUGCAAGCUUGGAUCACUAACUUUUAAAGCUCCUGACAAUGUAAAAUACCCAUCUAUGGAUCUUGCUUAUGCUGCUGGACGAGCUGGAGGCACCAUGACAGGAGUCCUCAGUGCUGCUAAUGAGAAAGCUGUAGAAAUGUUCAUAGAUGAAAAGAUAAGCUAUCUUGACAUUUUCAAGGUUGUGGAGCUAACAUGUGAUAAGCACCAGGCAGAAUUAGUGGUCUCACCCUCUCUUGAGGAAAUUAUACAUUAUGACUUGUGGGCUCGAGAAUAUGCUGCUAACCUGCAACACUCUUCUGGUCCAAGUCCUGUUUUUGCUUGAUUGGAGCACAUGCCAACGCCAUACAAGCAUCUAUUCGGCCCUGGCAAGACCCUGCCAAAACUGUCCUUCUUACAGUUUAAGUGCUUGCACAAGUGUAUAUCAACCAGAAUAUGUCACAGUUUACGUGCUUGCACGAGUGCGUUUCUUGCAUACUUGAAGGAUUGUAAAAGUUAUGGCAAUAAAACCCCAAAGAAAUGCAUUUUGCAGAAAAGUUAAGAUCUGGGGAUUGAUUAGCAGUAUGAUAUAAAUGUUGAGAUAGGCAACCAGAAUAUGUCCCAGUUUAAGCCUGCACAAGUGCAUUUCUUGCAUACUUGAAGGAUCGUGAAAGUUAUGGCAAUAAAAUCCCAAAGAAAUGCAUUUUGCAGAAAA